GUUUUCAGAACUAUAUUAUUUUUUUAUAUGUAUUUUAGAGGAAAGAAAAGCCUUACUUAUACAGUGUUGCGGUGUGAUAUCGGAACACAGUAAGAAGAUGUGCAUGCGAUCUCGGCGUUGUCCUCAACACACAGAUGAACAGAGAAAGACAGUACGUCUCUCUCUGCUUGGUCAGCAAGUCACCGUACCUGAAACGACUGAGGAUGUUCACGUGGACAUAGAUACCUGUGAUGAAAGCCAAGCACAAUUUCUACAAGAAGCUAUGUUGAGAAAUUGGGACACUGGAAACUCUACUAAUGUUUCAGUUGGCACCAGUUCCUCAAAAAAGAAAGCUUUAUCGUCCAACUCCAAUCGUAGUGGAAGUUCCAAAAAAAAAGGUCACGUUUUCCAGGUAGUAAUGUGAAUACAGGGAGGGCCAGAUUCUUCACUCAACUGGAUAAUACACAACAAGUAUCGUGAACGUACUAGUGUUUUCAUUUUAUUACAGUCUACGAUACAUUCCUGCAAGUUUACCAUGUAGUAAUUAACGGUACUCAGUUUUUGGCACGUAUGAUGGAUUGUUCCUAGUGGUCACUAUAGGAAAAUACAACUUCUUACCCAUCCAGAGUAUAGUAACAAUGGCCAAUUCCAAUGUGGAUUGAAAAAUGUUAAUAUAUUGCAACAUAUUAUCUAAAUGAUGCCAAAGCUGUAUAGAACGAAAGUGUAAACCUUAAAAGUUACUUUUUCUGUAUUAGCUAGUUGCUCAAAUUCUGAAUGAAUUGAUGAACCAGUAGAGAUUUAGCAUAUUUGAGAAUAGGAACCAUGAACACAGAUUUGUAUUGUUACAUUUGAUAAAGAAAGUCAAAAAUAAACUUCCUUAUAACACCAUAACAUUGUUAAAAAUGAAGAUGGUUGACCAAACAUUAUUUAUAAGGUUGAAAUGUCUCAGAAUAUACUUCUAAAACAAUCGAACCAUGCAACAAAGAUUGGACACCAUUUGCUCAGAUUUAUUUCUAUUGACAUACGUGUCUUUUAGCCUGCUGUUGGUAUACUUUGAGAUAAAAUUUAUUAAAUACAGCAAGGUUAAAUAAGAUGUUUCAUUGAAUUUUCUUACAAUUGUAUAAAAAAUAGUAAAAUGUUUUCCUAAAGAAAAAUUAUCACUAGCUAACCAUGCAUUACAAGAUAAGGGGAUGUUUUUCACAAAUGACCAAAUUUUAAAUUGUAAUUUUUACAUGUGUAAAAAAAAAAAAAUCCAAAAUAUAUAAUUAAGACAACCAGAUUUUAUACUUUAAAUUAUCUAGAAUGUAA